AUGCAAAUUUGGCAUAUGGAACCGUUCCCAUGCGGUGAUCGACGUCUACCACAUCAUGUAUUUCCACCGAAGAAAAUUACCGCCGAUCAACUUCUACAGCUAACCGGUGUUCUCUACUACAAGGUUGAUCUCGACGAUACUGUAGCGAUGAAGAAACGACUUUCAAGAGUGAAAAACGAGAGAAAGGUGAACUCAUCCGAUAUGCUCACCAUUAACGACUCGAUUCCGGAAUUUAACGAUAAGCUCGAGGAGUACUACGAACCAGUCACAAAGGAUCAGGAUGUAGUUUCGUUGGUGAUGGAUGGCAGUUGUUACUAUGAUGUUGAGCCGGAGGAAGACGAAUGGAUUCGAAUCCAUAUGGAACGAGGUGAUCUGAUCGUCAUUCCGAAAGGUGUUUCGCACAGGUUCACUGUAACUCCACAGAAUUUUGUCCAAAUGCAACGUUUCUUCCCCAAGAAGCCAGACGAUGUACAAGGAGUGAUGAGUGGAAAAGACAAGUACUCUUCACUCCCUCAAGAUGGCAAUCCGGUGCAGUUCAACGCAUGUAGCGAUGAUCCUGUCCUUCCCGACGAUGUGGAUCGUGAACAAGCUUCUAGGUCGUCCUUGGAAAAUUGCGAUGUUCCGAGCGAAAAUUCAUAUCUUCCUGACAGUGGUCCAGCUUCUCUUGUUGCUCCGGAGAACCCUUAUUAUGAAAAAUUAAUUGGAAUUGAUGCAGAACCUGCCGCUUAUCCAGAGGAUCUAAUCAUGAUUGGAAGUAGUGUCGACGUGCAUGAUGAUUCGAAGCCUUCUCUUUUGCUGUCUGAGGAGCCUACAAUCAGUGAAACGUGUAACGACGUCUCUGCUGAUUUAAAUUCAAAAGGUUCCUCAUCGCAACCAGAAAAAACUAUUAUGGUGAUGCCUGAGGACAUAGAAGCCGCUGGAUUAAGCAUGCAAAAUUUGAACGAUUUAACUGAAGCGCAGUUCAACACGUUAGUUGAGAUUGCUGAACGUCGGGAACGGAAUGCUGGACCGACAUUGGCGGCUCACAAUCAGUAUGGUGAUCAAAUGCCCAACAAUUCCGCCAGCACCGAUUCACUCACCAUGAUAAUUGCUGACGAUGGAAGUCUGAAGGUUACGGAUGCAUGUGGUCAGAUGCUGGUGUUUGACCGCACUCAAUUGGCUGCCUUACGAAUCGACGUGAACAACCUCACAGAUGAAAGCAUCCAGCAAAUUGUGCAGCUGGCCAUGCCUGCUAUCUGUGUUAGCAGUAAAUCUAUAGAAAUGCCCAAGCCUGACUCCCAACAUCCUCUGCGUUCCGGAUCUAGGAAUCUUGGUAACAAUUCGGAAGUUGCUGCUUUCAAAUCCAGUGAUACUGUUCCACGGGUUCUUGACGAACAGGUGGAGGGACGAGUUUCGGAUCAAGCUGCCCCACGAAAUGCAUCAAUUCGUUAUGUGAAAAAUGGGAGAUGGAAGGUUCAAUAUGAAGACGGUCGCUUUGAAUGGGUCGGUGAAGGCAAUUCUAAUGUAUGCGAAGUGAAGCCUGUCCAGCAUUCUGAUCACUCAGGUUAUCACGUUGGAAACACUUCUUGCCAAACUGAUUCAUCUGUUCUGAUGAGUUCACCACGUCUAAAACGAACGUGUUCGACUGACUCACCUUUCGACGGCGGGCCAGCACCGUUGAAACGGCGUGGUAUUGCUCAGGCUCCGAACUUUUGUUGUCCAGUAUGCGAUCGGAAGGUAUACCAAAAGGAACCGUCAUAUAUUGUUAUACGAUUACCUGCAUGUGAUGAUUGUACUAAAGGAAAGAUGAUCGUGCUUGAUGAGCGAACAAAAAGGCUAAGCCUACCCACUGUUCAAAAAUAG